AUGAACGGAAGCCCCUCUGGUCUCCUGAGACUGGUUCAUACUGGUUCACGGUCGGCGGCCCACCACCUCCCGGAGACGGAGGAGCUGUCAUAUGUCCCGCGUCUGUCCGUGCGUCUGACCGCCUGCUCCUUCCCCCAGAUCCAGAAUGUGGACGCCUGUCUCAGCUUCCUGGACGCCAGAGGAGUGAACGUACAGGGCCUCUCUGCCGAAGAGAUCCGUAAUGGGAACCUGAAGAGCAUCCUGGGCUUGUUCUUCAUCCUGUCUCGCUACAAGCAGCAGCAGCAGCAGCAGCAGCAGUACUACCAGUCGCUGGUCGAGCUCAGCCAGCAGAGCCCCGCCCCCUCCCAGCAGGGCCACGCCCACCCCGCAGGCCCCGCCUUGCAGGCCAAUACGACGGAGAUGCAGUCCAGCCUGGCGGCACGCUACGCUAGUCCUCCCGCUCACAGCGGGCUAGCGACACCACAGAAGAAGAACACCAGACUCCCAGGUCCGUCCCGGGGCCCGGCUGCUGGCAGCGUGGCCCCCAGGAGCCCCGGCCCUCCUCCAACCUCAACCGCCGCAAGCCAGAGCUUCAACAGCAUUGACAAGAGCAAGCCGCUGCAGUACGCUAGCGGCAACGACAGAGACUCCGUGAGAGCCGCCCCUGCGUCCGGCCCCCUGCUGGGCGGCGCGGGUGUAUUACCCAGCAGCCCCGGCGGCCCGGCGCCCGCGGGCUCGGCAAUCCCGUCCCUGUCGGCGGCCGUGGGGGGGGGGAAGUCGUGGCGGAGCAAGUCCAUGAACCUGAAGCACAGCGCCACCUCCUCCCUGCUGGGGGGCCCCUCGCCUGCCCCCCCCACCAGGCCAAGCCGGGGUCGGGGACCCCCGGGGUCGGGGGUCGCCCCGGGGUCCCAGGGUCGCUCCAUGCUGGAGAAGUUCCGUCUGAUCCACCCGCGGGGGACGGGGGCGCGGGCCACGCCCAACAUGGCCGACAUGCCGCUGACGGAGGAGGACGACGGGGCGGAGGGCGGAGACGACGGCCGGACCCCCGCCGCCUCCUCCUCCUCCUCCUCCUCCCCCUCCACCUCCUCCUCCUGCUCCUCCAAGGGCUCCGCCUCCAGCGGCAAGGCCCCGCCCCCCAGCUCCUCCUCCUCCUCCCCCAGCACCACCUGCGCCUCCACCCGGGAGCGGGAGGAGGCGCGGCGGCCCGGCCGGACCGGGUCGCGGCCCGCCGGCCCCCCCGAGGCGGACCCGGCCUCCAAGAAGACCUCCCGCAUCGCCAGCCUCAUCCCCAAGGGGGGGGGCAAGCCGGGGGCCGGGAAGAAGGAGGGCGGGGCCCCCACCUCCAGCAUCCCCAAGUCCGGCCUCAAAGCGCCGUCCUCCAAGCCUCAGUGUCAGUCCCCGGUCCCGAGCCAGACCCAGACCCCCCAGUCCCCCACCCAGACCCCCCAGACCACCCAGACCCAGACCCCCACCUCCCUGAACAGCAGUGGUAACCUCCGCGGUGGCGGGGUUGACGGAGACAAGGCCAAGCCCACCAAGGGCGGGGGCGGUCUCUACACCCAGAGGUCCCUGGGGGCCCCUGCCCCCCCUGGGGCCCGCAGAACCAGCAUGACGUCCUCCACCAGCACCUCCGCCCUCAGCGGGACUGGGGGGGGGGGGGGAGGAGGGGUGGGCGUGGUCCAGCUGCCCCAGCAGCAGCAGCACCACCCCAACACCGCCACCGUGGCCCCCUUCAUGUACCGGACCUUCUCGGAGAACGACUGCUCCAUGGUGGUCCCCGUGGACACGGGCCUGAGCCCCACCAAGGGGGAGCUGGUCUACAGCCGGGGGGGCUACAGCAAGACGGCCAAGCAGUGUCUGCAGGAGAUCUCAGCAGGUGAGGAUCCGGAGGCGAGACGCAUGAGGACCGUGAAGAACAUCGCAGACCUCCGACAGAAUCUGGAAGAGACCAUGUCCAGUCUGCGGGGGACGCAGGUCACCCACAGUACCAUGGAAACGACCUUUGACACCACGGUAACCACGGAGGUCAACGGGCGGGGCGGGGCCGCGCGGCCCUCGCCCAUGGCCUGGCGCCUCGGCCAAUCACAGACACCGCGGCUCCAAGUGGGCGACGCCCCCUCGCCGCCGGGCGGCUACACGGCGCCGCGGGCGACAGCCCCCGCGGGCCGCUACAGUGGACAGACCGACGCCCCCAGGUACAUGUCGGACGGGGGUCUCCCUCUGUACGGGCGGGGCGCUGGCCGGGGCGCAGACCCCCCCUCCUCCAGAGAGGUCUCGUCGCGGACCACUAAGGACCUGCAGACAGACCUGGACAGUUGGGACGACAGUAGUUCUGUGAGCAGCGGUCUGAGUGACACAUUGGAAAACAUCAGCACAGACGACCUGAACGCCGCCAACUCUUCCUCAGCCUGCUCCUCUUCCUCACGCAAGAACAAGGCAGCCCAGGCCCACAGGGGGCGCUCCUCCCGUCAUGCAGGAAGUGAGCAGGAGGUGAACAGCAGCUGGGCGGGAGCGGAGGACCUGAAGAAGGUGGACGAGGAGGAGCAGGACCUGGCCAUGGACCCCUCAGGCACCUCCUCGAGGUGGAAGUCUACCUCCACCUCCACCUCCACCUCCUCCACCACCUCACAGCAACAGCCGCCCCAGUAUGAGGAGGCUGUCCAGAAGAGUGGGGGGGCCGGGGGCAGUCAGGGGACCCAGACGGGCUCCUUGAGGAGAGGAAUGGGGGCCCAGGUGGGCAUCAGCCCCCCCCGGACCAAGACCUCCUCCUCCUCCUCCUCCUCCUCCUCUGCAACCCUCAAGUCACCUGGUAAGACGGACGACGUGAAGGCGUCUGAGAAGGUCAAGACCCCCUCCAAGACCCCCGCCGCGCUGCAGCGCUCGCCGUCCGACGCCGGGAAGGGCAGCGGCGACGAGGGGAAGAAGCCCCCCACGGGCACCACGCGGACCCCCCCCGCCCCCGCCCCGACCCCCACCCCCACCCCCACCCCCACCGCCUCCUUCGGCUACAAGAAGCACCCCCUGAUCACCAGCGGCUCGGCCACGCUGGGCAAGAUGCCGCGCUCCGCCGCCGGGCAGACGGACCCCUCCUCCUCCGGGGGGGGCCGCAAGACCAGCCUGGACGGCUCCGGGGAGCCCCAGGACGAGGGCCUCCUGCUGGGCUGCAGCGCCGCCAGGAUGCCCCUCCAGUACCGCUCGCUGCCCCGCCCCGCCAAGUCCUCCUCCGGGGGAGGGGGGAGGGGCGUCGCCAUGGAGACCGGCGCCAAGACGACCACGUCGUCGUCGUCGUCGGGGGGGCAGAGCAAGCGGCGGGACGCGGGGGGGAAGGGCGGGGCCACCCUGAACCAGACGGACAAGGAGAAGGUGGCGGGCGGGGCAGACCCCCCCACAGACCCCGGGGCCCCCCGGUCCAGCCCCACCGCCGUCUCCGCAGGGGGCCAGACGGGUCUGAGGCAGCCGGGCUCCAAGUACCCCGACAUCGCCUCGCCCACCUUCCGCAGGUCAGGACACACGCCCCCCUCCACGCCUUUAUAUGGGCAUCCUACUUCCUGUCUGUCUCGGACCGGAUAUGGUCAUCCUACUUCCUGUCUGUCUCUGACUGGAUAUGGUCAUCCUACUUCCCGUCUGUCUUUGACCAGAGAUGGUCAUCAAACGUCCUGUCUGUCUCUGACCGGAUAUGGUCAUCAUACUUCCUGUCUGUCUCUGACCAGAUAUGGUCAUCAUGCUUCCUGUCUGUCUCUGACCUUAUAUGGUCAUCCUGCUUCCUGUCCGUCUCUGACCUUACAUGGUCAUCCUACUUCCUCUCUGUCUCUGUACACUAAGAUGAUAGCUGAG